UGUAGUCUAGAUCAAGAGAUGGAUCCAGGAGCCAGCAGAACGAUAGAGGUGGCGGCGCUCGGCCGGCCAUUCAGCCUUGGGAUGUUGUACGACUGCCGCCAGGAUGUGCUGGUCCCUGGCAUGACACUGUGGGACCAUGAUGAUCUGGAAAAAGAUACAAGAGAAAGACCAAACCCAAGCAGUGACUUUGAGAUGGUUGCAUCUGAAUCAAUUGAGGACAAAUCUUCAGCACUUAAGGUGGAAGCAUCACUGAAAGCAAGUUUUUUGGGUGGGCUGGUUAAGGUUGAUGGAUCAGCCAAAUACUUGAAUGAUCAUAAGACUUCCAAAAAUCAGGCCAGAGUAACUCUGAAGUACAAAACUACCACAAAGUUCCACCAACUGUCCAUGAAUCAUCUUGGUAGAGGCAACAUGAAGCAUCCGUAUGUCUUCGAUCAAGGGUUAGCAACACAUGUAGUCACAGGUAUUCUCUACGGGGCACAAGCCUUCUUUGUCUUUGACCGUGAGGUGUCUGAAAACGAAAAUCAUCAAGACAUUCAGGGGAACUUGAAGGUGAUGAUCAAGAAGAUUCCAUGCCUUGCAGUAGAGGGUGAAGGUUCACUGAAAAUGGAAGACAAGGAGAGAGAAAACGUUGAGAAAUUCUCCUGCAAAUUCCAUGGAGACUUUUCUAUUGAAAAAAAUCCUGUGUCCUUUCGGGAUGCAGUACAAGUUUACCAAAGUCUGCCAACAUUGUUGGGGCCUAACGGAGAGAACGCCGUACCAGUUAAGGUCUGGCUGUUGCCACUAACAACUUUAGAUUCUUCUGCUGCUAAACUUGUCCGUCAGAUAAGUAUCAGAUUAGUCGAAGAAUCACAGAGAGUCCUGGAGGACUUCAGUGAGCUGGAAAUGAGGUGCAAUGAUGCACUGAGAACCACCACUGCACAGCAGUUCCCACAGAUCAGCAAGAAGAUAAAACAGUUCAAACAGAUGUGCUCAGAGUUCAAGAUGGAGUUCCAACGAACCUUGGCAAAGAAACUUCCAUCAAUCCGAGGAGGAGGAGAAGAGGAGGCUGUCCUCGCAGAGAUCCUGAAGAAGAGAUAUUCUUCUCCCUUCAACAGCAAAAGCCUGAAUGAGUGGAUGGACUGUAAAGAGAGAGAAGUUGACACCUUAAUGUUUUUAACCAACAUGAUGAAAAACACCAAGAUCAUCCUGUCACAAAAUCACCUGUACAAAGAAAGCCUCAGUGCUGAGCAUGCUGUGUGUUUUGCUUUCACCUCACUGGGAAAUACUGAACUGUACCUCUCAGCUUUAUCCAACUACUUAGAACAAACACCCAAACUAGACGACCCUCAAGGUCCACAUACUCAUGAUGUGGAGAAGGAGCAAUGGUACAGCUCAAGAGAAGUCACAGAUUCAAUAAGGCGUAAAGCAAAGCUCUUCAGUGACUUUGCAGAGGCCAACAAAGAGAACAAGAACAUUAAGUUCCUGAUAGUGGGCUUAACAGAUGAGAAACACAAAGGUUCAAGCAUCUACCUUUACACAGAUGGCUUUUCAGCCAAUGACAACUUUGAGCCGCCCUCAAAGCCUGAAACAGUAACAGUAGGAGAUAUAAACCAUGAUAGUGUGACCCUGAAGGUUUCUCCACCCAGAUUCGGAGCCGAGAACAUCACCUCCUACUCAGUUGAGUAUCGUGUCAGUGGAGAGGAUGGAUGGAAACAGGAGACAGCACCAAAAGCUGAAGAAGUCACAGUGAGAGAUCUGAGUCCAAACACAGAGUACGUGUUCAGAUGCAGAGCAGUGACCUCAACAGGGGUUGGACCAGCCAGUGAAGUCAGUGGUUCAGUUAAAACGUUACCCUGCAGUCCUCCUGGAAAACCUCAAGUUGAACCAAAUUCAAGUGAGAUAUCAGUUAGCUGGGAGAAACCUGCUCAGCUUGGACAAGAUGUCCACAUUUUGAGUUACAUCGUGGAGUACACCAAAACAGCCAACGAGGAAGAUCUCCAAUGGAACCAAAUGAUGCUGAGAGGUGAAAAGGCGAUCAUUUCAGGGCUUCAGUCAGAGACAGAAUAUGUUGUCAGGGUCAGAUGUGAUUGUGGUGUAGCUGGCAGAAGCAAAGAAAGCAUCUCUGUUAAUGUCAGCACAUUUUCCUCAAAAGAGUUCCUCAAAAGUAAAAGCAAAAGGAUCAAUUCUGAAUCUCCCUCAGUUUACAAACUCCCUCUAACAGAAGAUGGUAAGGACAUAGAUGGAUGCCGAAGAUACAGUUUUGGCCAAAAAAGUACAAGGCAAAAUCGCACAAUAAUGGUUCUUGGAGCGGCCGCAUCAGGAAAGUCCACUCUGAUCAACGGAAUGAUCAACUACAUUGUUGGUGUAGAGUGGAACGACAAAUUCAGAUUUAAAUUGAUUAAUGAGGAUCAGUCGAGAUCACAAGCUGAGAGCCAGACCUCUGAAGUCACUGUGUACAAAAUCAACCACCAAGAGGGGUUUAAAAUCCCCUACUCACUGACCGUUGUUGACACUCCAGGCUUUGGAGAUACAAGAGGCAUAGAGAGAGACAAGAUGAUUGUAGAACAACUACGUAAUCUCUUCUCUGCUCAGCAUGGGGUCAGUGAAAUCGAUGCGGUGUGUUUUGUAGCUCAGUCUUCUUUAGCACGACUCACACCAACACAGAAAUAUGUGUUUGAUUCUGUGCUCUCAAUCUUUGGCAAAGAUGUGGCAGAAAACAUCCGGAUUCUGGUGACAUUCGCAGACGGCCAGAAACCACCAGUUCUAGAGGCAAUCAAUGCUGCAGGUGUCCCAUGUCCUAAAACAAAAGGCGGCCUGCCAGUUCACUUCAAAUUCGAUAACUCAGCAUUGUAUGCAGACAACAAAUCAUCUGCAGCAGGCUGCAACAGUGAUGAUGAUGAGGAUGAAGGUGGAGGUUUUCAUCAGAUGUUUUGGGACAUGGGGACAAAAAGCAUGAAGAGGUUCUUUGUUGCUUUGAAUGUCAUAGAGACCAAAAGCUUGAAGAUGACAAAAGAGGUCCUCAAAGAAAGAAAGCAGCUUGAGAAUUCAGUUGAAAAUCUGCAGAAACAGGUUAAACUCGGGUUAGCCAAGCUUGAGGAGAUGGUGGGGAAACUGAUAAAAGACUCUGCUAAGUGUUUAAACAGACUUAAAGAGAUCGCACUGAAGCCAAAUCCUCUCUCCACUCCAGAGUACAUUGACAUGCUUAUUGAGGGAGAGAAAGCUGAGGCCAAGCCAGGCUAUAAGCAAAGAGUCCAGUCCCUGAUGGAAAUGAGAACAAAGGCAGAGACGCUGGCUAAAGUAGGCAUCCACUGAGAUAUGUAUAAAAACACAGGAUUGUGAGUGUUACUGAUCAAGGCCCACAUGGGACCAAGACUUUUAAUGGUUAUAGCCAAGUCUAUCUUAUGAUGACAUAAGUACCCAUGCCCCGUACCAUGGGAAAUUUUUUUUUUUUCUGUGCUCUAAAGUAAUAGUUUAAGUUCUUUUUUAAUCAAUUAAUUAAGUUUUAAGUUCUUAAAGCAACUGCUGAAGUGGAGAUGAUUUGUCUAAGAAUACAGACAGUAAUCCUUAAAGAAAUGCUGAUCAGCUCAGACAGCUACAGUUCUGCAGAAAGGCGUAUGUGAUUGAGUUGUUGUUGAUUUUUGUUGUUGUGCUGUGAGGUUAAAUGUGAUCUUAUUCACAUCAAGUUGGUGAAACUGAUAAAGAGCUCUGCCAAGUGCCAGAAAAAAGCAGAGUAUUUUUCUCAAAAUGACUUUGACCAAGAAAAGCUGAAGCUUAAAUGUGUUGGGGUGAAGACGCAAGUUUUAUUUUGAACAAGGAGUUAUUAGCAUGUGUUGUUUAACCAAAAGGAAAACACAGAUUCACCAUGUUAGGUGUUAAAGUCCUAACACCAUUGCCACCAAUGUAAAGGUUUACAUCUGCAGCUCUAUGAAUUUCAGUUUUUUAGAUUAUGAUAGUUUAAAUACAUUUUUGUAAAGCAUUUAGAUUUAUCUACACUGAACCUACUUUACAUUCUUCAAUAUAGGGUUUUAAAUAGUUAACUUCUUUCUCAGUUUUGAACUUUAUUUAUGUACUCUUCCAUUUUAUUUGUUUAUAGUUAAUGUUGAAUACUUGUUAACAGUUGUAUUGAUGAACAUUGAUUUGCAUUUUAUUGUUGUGUAUAAAUCAGGUGUUCUGUCCUCCCAUAGGAGUGUGUUUUUAACUGUUUCUAAGCAGUGUUAUAUGUUUUAAUGUCACCACCUACUGGAUAAAGUAAAUAGUAAAGAAUAGCUGCAGCACACCAAGUUCCAAAAGUCGUCCAGCAGUGAGCUUCAGCUCGGCUCUGAGCAGUAUAGCAGGUGAAUGAUGGAAAAAUUAAAUGUUAAAAAGUCGAUCAUUUCUGAUAUAAAUUAAUACACAGAAGGUUGUCUGUUGUCCUCUGCUGUGUCAUGUGUACUUCUCUUCUAAGACCUUUCAAAUCAGCUUCAAAUUAUGCAGUGAAUAAGUUCAUAGAACUCCAAACAAUUCAUAAAAUUACUGUAAACAUCAAAGAUAUGUAACAAAACUAUAUAUACACAUUAGAUUCAUUCAAAAAGAUGGAGGUUACAUUUGAUGGGUAAACUUUAUGCUGCGGUCAGUGUGAGAAUUUAAGAAAAAAAUGCUUUUACAUUU